AAUCAAUUUCAUCAUAAUUAAAACAUUUUGUAGACAAAAGAAACAAAAAUUAAAGAUGCAUUUGACCGAGAAAUGUCUUUCAUGGAUAGUGGUUGUAAAUCUGAUAGAAUCACAAAUACUAUUUUAUACAUGCUUGCAGUUGAUAAAAUGCCACUAUCAGCAGUCGAAAAUAAAGGUUUUAAAAAAUUAAUGAAAACAAUUGUGCCUCUGUAUAAAGUUUCAAGCAGGAGGACAGUAACUAGACUGCUUGAAGAUCGAUAUAAAACAUUAAAAAAUAAUUUUAUAGCUAAAAUCGACGGAGCUAUUUGUUACAGUCUUACUUGUGAUAAUUGGACUGACAUUACUAAUCAAAGUUACCUUGGUGUGACUAUUCACUAUCUAACAGAUGAAUUAAAAAUGAAGAGUGGCUGUAUUGGUGUUUUCCCUUUAUACAAAAAUCAUACUGCUGAAUAUCUCGCAAAAUCUUUAAAUACAAUUAUCAAAGAAUUUAAAUUAAAUUGUUCAAAAAUUACAGCGAUUAUCACAGACAGUGCAGCAAACAUAAAACUGGCGAUAGAAAAAACAGUGGGAAAGUAUAAACAUUUAGCUUGUUUUGCGCAUAUUUUGUCGCAUCUUGUACCGGACGCAUUAACCAGCAUGUCUGAUACUCAAGAAAUUAUUCAUAAAGUAAAAAAGAUUGUCACCACUGUAAGGAAAAGCAUUGUUGCAUCAGAUGAACUAAAAAACUUACAGCUUCGUGAUGGAAAAACAGAAGGAACUGUAUUAAGAUUCAUACGAGACGUUCCAACGCGUUAGAAUUCUACAAUAGUGUAGAAUGUUAUAUUAACAUAUAUAGAUAUGUUAGACAGAUUUCUUGAGUUAGAAAAGUACGUUUACCCUGUGAUACUAAAAUGUGAGAAACCUUUGGAUAUGUUAAGACAUGACGAAAUCAAAACAUUAAAAGAAAUGAUAUCUAUUAUGAGACCAAUCGAACGUGCUAUCACAGAAAUUAGUGGAGAAGCAUAUCCAACGUGUAGUAUUAUUAUCUCUCUAGUGCGUUGUAUGAAUGUUACAAUUUAUUUUAACAAACCUGAUACACAAAUUGGAAUUACAUUUAAAGAAAAAUUACAAUCGGCAAUCAACAAUCGAUGUAAAAAUUUUGAAAAUAAUAAAAUAAUGAGCAUUGCAACCAUACUGGAUCCUCGUUUUAAAAAAUUACACUUUGAAAAAUCUUUAGCCGCUGCAACUGCAGUACAGCAUAUUGAAUCGGAUUUAAAAAAAUAUAGAACAUUGAAGGAUCCACAAAUAGAUAGAGAGUUAAAUACUGAAAUGACUGUUAGGCAAUACAGUAAUUUAUGGGAUUUUCACGACAAUUUAGUAGCCAAAAAUAAUAACUGUACAGAAGAAUUAAAUGAAGUGAAACAAUAUUUAAAGCAACCCAUUAUUGAUCGAAAAGAAGAUCCAUUUAAAUAUUGGAAAUCCAUGAAUCAUAUUUUUCCAUCUUUAUAUCAUGAAGCAGUGAGAUACAUUAGUACAUUGGGUACUUCAGUUCCAUCAGAAAGAAUCUUCUCUCAAGCUGGUGAUAUAAAAAAUGAUGACCGAAGUAGAUUAACCGGCGAACAUUUAAAUAUGUUAUUAUUUCUCAGUUCGCUUACUGACGAAGAUUGGGCGUUGGAAUAAAAGUAUAAUAAAAUUUUCCACUAGAGGGGAAAACUAAUUCCAUUAAUUGAGUAAAAAUUUGUUAUUCAUAAGAUUUAAGAAUAAGUUUUUAACUUGUUUGCAAUUAAUAUUAAGAAUAUAAGUUUUUAACUUGUGUGCAAUUUAUGCUAAACGUAUUAUAUGUGUUAUAUUGUUUUAAGAUUAAAAUAAUACAUAAGUUUGUUUAAACACUGAGCAAAAUAUAGAUUAGCUCGUAAAUAUUAAUACCGUUAUUAUUUCUUAGGUCGCUUAUUAUCAAAGACUGAAUAUUAAAAUAAACAUAAUCUUAAUUUUUUUAUCUCAGUAAUAUAUUUUGUCGAUGACAUAGUUCUAUUAAAUAAUUUUAAAUAUAUUAUUUCUAAUGUAUUUGUUGUUUCAUUAAUUAAAUACUGUAUAAAAUACAUGUCUUGUUAAAACAUUGCAUCUGUUCUUUAAUUCUUAAAUUUUUAUUAAUUUCAUAUUUAUUUCAAAUAAUCUAAAAACAUCGUAAGAUUACAUUAAAUAUUUUAUUAAAUAUUGGAUAUCAUUUGUAAAAUAUUAAAUGUAAGUGUGAAUCUCUCAUAAGACUAAUUAAUACACAUUUGUCACACAAUACAUUUUUCAAGCUUGUUAACUGACUAUGAAAAGAAAAUGAUAAAAAUAGACAAUUAUAAGGUUUUGAUUAAUAAAAUUACAAAAUAUAAUAAA